AUGUCUAUUCCAAUUCCGUUCUACGUUCCGUACAUAGUCGUGUCGCUUAUAGCGAUUUCUAUCUACCGCGUAUUACGGAUUGGUCGGCGUGAUUCUCGCAUGCCACCAGGCCCACCAACGGUCCCAUUUUUCGGCAACGCGCUCCAGAUUCCAACCACUGGUUUGGGCAAAAAAUUCCAUGCCUGGUCCAAGGAGUAUGGCUCGGUUUUCUCACUCAAGGUUGGCGGGUCCAACAUCAUUGUUCUGUGCGAUCGCAAGUCCGUUCACGACUUGCUUGAUAAGAAGGGCAGCAUCUACUCCGACAGACCUCCCCAAUAUGUGGCCAAUUACAUUACUCAUGGAGACCACUUAACGCUCCAAAAUCAAACUCCAUCCUGGAGAGAGAAACGAUCAGUCGUAACCCGCAACCUCAACCCAAAAAUGCUCGACGAAAAGCACUGGCGUGUUCAAGAGGCUGAAGCAGUUUUCUUCAUGAACAAUCUUUUAAAGCGGCCAGAUGAGAUAUUCGAGCUGGCUAAGCUUUACACAGCUUCGGUAGCAGCCACCCUUCUGUAUGGACAGAGAGCUACUGAUAUCGACUCAUUCUGGUACAAGGAUCUCUAUGAGUUGAUGGAACAGUGGCUUACUGCACAAGAACCCGGAGCAAAUCCUCCAGUUGAUGAGAUUCCCAUCCUCCAAUUGUUCCCUGGGCACUGGAAGAAACGGGCGGUGAAGACACGGAAGACUAUGGACGAUAUGUGGACCAAAGCCAGGGAAAUUGUUGACGCACGCAGGGCCAGAGGAGACAAACGUGACUGUUUCAUCGACUCCAAACUUGAUGAAUUUGAGAAGAGUGGCUUUCCCAUGUCUCAACACUCAUUCAACAACCUCUUCGGGGAGCUUCUUGAAGCUGGAGCCGACACUACUGCAAAUUCUAUAUUGACUUUGAUCCUGGCAUUUGCCAAGUAUCCGGAAGUGCAGCGGAGAGCCCGGGAGGAAAUCGAUAAAGUUUGUGGUACAGAGAGGGCUCCAUUAUUCUCGGACUUCAAGAAUCUUCCAUAUAUCAAUGCCUGUGUCAAGGAAGGAAUGAGGUGGCGGCCGACAGCUCCUGCGGGUCUACCCCACAUGUCUAACAAAGACGACGUGUAUGAGGGCAUGUUAAUCCCCAAAGGAAGUAUGAUUUUUGUUGGUAUCUGGGCCAUCCAUCAGAACGACAAGAUUUACCCGGAUUGUGACAAGUUUGAUCCUGACCGGUACCUUGGGCAUCCUGGACUUGCAGCCGAAUAUGCAGUAGGGCUAACAUUGGUUUCACAUCAUUAUGGAUAUGGAGCAGGCAGACGCAUGUGUCCUGGCAUGCAUCUUGCGGAACGGAAUAUGUGGCGAAUUGCUGCGAAACUGCUCUGGGCAUUUGACAUCUCAGAGCCUGUGGAUAGUGAGGGAAAUGUGGUGCCCUUAGAUCCUAAUGGGUAUAACUCGGCCAUAUUAGUCAGUCCGCUACCUUUUAAGGUGAGAGUGGUUCCGCGAAGUAAAGAGCAUCUUGUAGCUAUAGAAAGGGAGUUGGCUGGGGCCAAGGAGUUUAUGUCGCAGUGGGAAUAG